UGCGUCAGCGCGCCGCCCGCGCCGCGCUCGGAUUGGCCGCGCGCGGGGCGGCGGUUGGGUUUAAACGUGCUUUGGGCGGGCGGCGGCGGCGCUAGGACGCGCUCGCGCUAGGCCGCACCGGCACCGGCCAGGCCCGGCUCGGCCGCCAUGGCCCCCGCGCGGAGGAAGGCGGGCGCGGGCGCGCGCGGUAGGAAGCUCGCGGCCUUCCUGAAGGACUUCGACCGCGAGGUGAGGAGCCGGAUCGAGCAGCUGCGGACGAACGGGGAGCGCCUGGUCAAGGAGGCGGAGGACCUGUACAACAUCGAGAUCCUCCGGCUGCCGCUCGCCGUCCGCGAGAUGAACUGGCUCGACUACCUCGCUAAAGGAGGAAGCAAAAAGGUCUUAGAAGAGGCAGCAACGGAAGACUUGGAAAUAGCAGAAAUAAACAAGUUAACAGCAGAAGUUAUCCAGACUCCUUUAAAAAUCAUCAAGAAAGGUCAGUUUGCUUCUGAAAAAUCUAAACAGAAUAUUGAAGCUAUUGAAGAAGAAGCACAGUCUCCUUUACUUCCUCAAGCAAAGAAAACAAAACAUGAUAACCAAUCUCUUGCAGAGCUAGAAGCUGAAAAUAUUAAUCCAAGAUUUGGAAAGGUGAAGGCAUCCACUAAAAAAGUGCCAGUGUCCAAGAGCAGAAGAGCUCCUUCAGCAAGAGUGAAACGCAUGAGUAAAAGCAGAUCGAGCAGAAACAACUUCAUCACUCCAGCUACUGGUAGAAUUGUUGAUGUCUGUGCUCGGGGAGGUACUUCCAUUGUCACGCCCAAGUUUGAUUCCAGAAUUUUCAAGACACCAGGUUUGCGCACGCCUGCACUAAAUGAACGUGUUUACACCAUCUCUGCCAAUGGCAGCCCUCUUGCUGACAGCAAUGAUAUCUUCAUUACAGUUCCUGUUGGAGGAGGGGAGAGCAUUCGUUUAACAGCAAGUGAUUUGACCAAGAAGAAUCUUCUUCAUCUGAAUCCAGAGGCCCAAGGAAUUGUGAAGAAGCUAUCAGUUCGUCUCGCACAAGCAUGCAGUGGUGCAAAGACAAACAGAUGAAACUUAAUGGGUGUUGACAUCCCUCUGUAAAUAUGGAACAUUGCAUUUAGGACUGCUAACUUUAGUUCUUGCUCUAAUUUGUUUCUUCCUUCCAUUAGUUUACAGAAUGGAAAUUAUGAACUGAUUUUUCUACCUAUAACAUAUAAUGGUAUUAGAAUAGAUUGCCUUUUUUUAAUUCGGGAAAAUAUUUUAUUUCCACUUUCCUCUAAGGCUGUGAGACCAAGGUACAGUUAUCUUGGGCUUGCAAACUAGCAAUCUGAGUAGAGGUUAUUCUGGCAUCUUGCGAAAGACAUAAGUGGUGGAUACAAGUGACUGAAGUUUGUAUCUGUCUGGGAAAAGAAAGCAACAGAAAACAGCAGGUUUGUUGCACUUCUUUCCAGGUAUGUCCUUUCUCCGAUGUGUUUAAAAGGAGAUGAUCAUCUCAGUAUGGUAGCUGAGUUACCUAAAGGCAAGUUACUGAUGACUGGGACUAAGUGUAAAGCUUCUUGUAGUUCAUGGUGCUGCCAUGAAUAGUGGGGGGGGGCAGGGUACAGUAAAUUCUGUUGUUCUUACUGAAGCUGUUCUCUGUAAAACCUCAAAGCAGAUUACAAAUAGAACUUGUGCAUUUUAUUGUUUUUAAAGAAAUAAAAGAUCACAGUUUAACUUUACAGACCUAUCAGACCUCUGAUUAACUAGAUUCCUGUGAGUCAUCUUAGCUACUGGAAUGUCUCUAAUGUAAGGGAACUUUACUUUUCCAACACCGCUUUCAAAAUCAUUAGAAGAAGCAGUACUCGUGGAAUUGAGUAUGGGCAGGGAAGAAAGCCAGGCAUAGUAAAACAAUGUUUAGCUCUAUCUGCUGAUCUAAAUUGAAUUGGAUUCAAUACAUUUUCUCUACAGAGAACCAUAACAAUACAUACUGUUUAAAAAGAAUAAAAUCACUUCCUCAGGCAUUAAUGUUCUUUCCAUCAUUUACAGAAAAUAUAGAGAAAUCGUGCUCUAUAUGAUCAGAGAUUAUUUAAAUUCAGGAAAACUCAACUUCAUAUGUAGCUUCUUAGGAAAGGGUUAAUGUGUUCAAAAACUGUAUGCGGAAGCAUUCAUUUGGUUUAAACCUAGCAAAAUGAAGCAGGGGGAGAAAUCUUGUAUUUGCUUUUCUAAAAUCAGUCUUAUUUUUCAAGAGCUUGGAAAAGGCUCUCUAUGAAGCUCAAGGUGUCUGUGAGAAGAUGGCUUCAAGUCUUAUAAUGUAAAAGAUUACCCUUAAUACCAAGGGUUUCAUUUUGCUAUUAAUCUUUGUGGUGGGUAAAGUUAUGAGAGGACACUUCUCUUCACUGUUAAGCUAUGGUAUGGAAUCCUUUAAGGUGUGGUUGCUUUGAUUCCUGAAGCAUUGUUCUGUAUGAAUCAUACAAAGUCAGAUAUGCAAAAUCUCAUCUGCAAGAGACAACCUGACAUCCUUCCCUGAUUUCAGCAGGGGGAGUUAACACAAGGACGCUUUAAAUGGCAUGUUAAGAGCAUAUUCAGAAUAAAGAAUUUUGUUUCUCUAA